AUGGAUGUGGCUCUAAUUCCUCCAAUGUUGGUUUCUUCAGGCUUUUUGCCAACCGGGUCUUUCUUAGAGUCACUGAUUCACAUAUGCAAUGAGAUAUGUUCCAUGGAAAAGCUUCCCUUUCUUCAGGUCAGGAAUAUCUCCACCAUGAUAAGGAGGAUCAAGCUUCUUUCUUCUUUGUUCGAAGAGAUUCAAGAAACUAACGGCCCUCUCCCUCCAUCUUCAAUCCUGUGCCUCACCGAGCUCUUCUCUGUGAUUCGACGAGUCAAGUCUUUGAUUCAAGAGUGUAAGGAUUGCAGUUUCUUGUGGGGACUCAUGCAGAUGGAGCUGGUUUCGAAUAAGUUCUAUGUGUUGGUGAAGGAGUUGGGGAGAGCACUUGAUAUUUUGCCUGUGAGUUUGCUGAAUAUUACGGCAGAUAUUAGAGAGCAGAUUGAGCUUCUUCACCGGCAAGCGAAAAGGGCAGAGUUGUUUAUUGACCUUAAAGAGGUGAAGAUAAGAGAAGAGCUUUUGGUAUUGAUGGGGAGCAACAAUGAAAGGAACAAGAAGAACAAAGGGUUUGUAGAGUUGGGCAAAGUGAAGGAUGUACUGAGCAGCAUUGGGUUGAGAAGUUCAAUGGAUUAUGAGGAAGAGAUUUCAAAGCUAGAGGCAGAAGCUCAAAAGCAAGCAGGAAGUGGUGGAUUAAUUGUGGUAUGCAACAUAAACAACCUCAUCUCCCUUGUUUCAUAUUGCAAAUCCAUGGUUUUCGUCGAUAAUGAGUUCGAAGCAACCAACAAGGAAGAGUUCAAGCUGCUAGGUUCCACACCCUCAAAUAGAUACUACGAUCACUCCUCUUCUUCACAAUCCAUAAUUGCCAACAUCCCAGAUGAAUUUCGAUGCCCGAUUUCACUAGACUUGAUGAGAGAUCCUGUGAUAGUAGCAUCAGGACAUACAUAUGAUCGAAAUUCCAUUGCUCAGUGGAUCAAUUCAGGGCACCAAACAUGCCCCAAAAGCGGACAGAAGCUUAUUCACAUGGCCCUUAUACCUAACUAUGCACUGAAGAGUCUAUUGCAUCAAUGGUGUGAGGAAAACAAUGUUCCAGAAAUUGGAUCAUCACAAUCAUCUUCUUCAGAUUUGGAGAGGAGCAACAGUAAAAGAGAUUCGUGCGAAAAUGCUGUGGAUCACAUUUCUGUAGUAAAAGCUGCAGCUGAUGCUGUGAAGUUAACAGCUGAGUUUCUGGUGGGAAAACUAGCCACAGGGUCACCAGAUAUCCAAAGACAAGCAGCAUACGAGCUUCGGCUACUUGCCAAAACAGGCAUGGAUAACAGAAGAAUAAUAGCCGAGGCAGGAGCUAUUCCUUUCCUAGUGACAUUGCUGAGAUCACAUGAACCAAGAAUUCAGGAAAAUGCUGUCACCGCGCUACUCAACCUUUCCAUCUUCAACAACAACAAGAUUUUGAUAAUGGCUGCAGGAGCAAUUGAUAACAUAAUCGAUGUGUUGGAAUCAGGAAACACAAUGGAAGCUAGAGAGAAUGCAGCAGCAGCAAUUUUCAGCUUGUCCAUGAUCGAUGACUGCAAGGUGACUAUUGGAAAAAGACCAAGAGCCAUUCCGGCACUGGUGGGGCUUUUGAAAGAAGGAACUCCGGCUGGUAAAAAGGACGCAGCCGUUGCUCUCUUCAACCUUGCAGUCUGCCCUGCUAACAAGGUCAGUCUGGUGGUUGCCGGGGCGGUCCCUAUGCUCAUUGAUCUGUUGAUGGAUGACAAGGCAGGGAUAACAGAUGAUGCCUUGGCAGUUCUUGCUCUACUUUUGGGAUGCUCUGAAGGGUGUGAGGAGAUAGGCAAGAGUAGGAUUCUAGUGCCAAUUCUGAUUGAUCUUCUGAGAUUUGGUUCUCCAAAGGAGAAGGAAAAUUCUAUAACUCUUCUGUUGGGGUUAUGCAAAGAUGGAGGAGAGGAGGUUGCAAGACGACUACUGAUGAACCCGCGGAGUAUCCCUUCUCUUCAAAGCUUAGUUUCAGAUGGCUCCUUGAAAGCACGACGAAAAGCCGACGCACUGCUCAGAUUACUGAACAGAUGCUGCUUUCAGUCUCAAAAUCAGAUGACAGUAUGA